GACCAACUUCACUGAGCAUCCUCAGUUACUCAAUCAUGAAGCUCCGUACUCUUGUAUCUCUUCUCCCAUUGUUGGGUCUUUCCGAUGCGCUCGCCUUGCCUCAGUCGCCUAAGAACGGAACCGAUCUUUAUGUUUCGUUCCAGGAACCGGAGGAGUCUGGUCAGCUUGUGAAUCGAGCAGCGUCCGGCUACAGGAAUGUUGCAUACUUUGUCAAUUGGGCAAUAUACGGACGAAACUACAACCCGCAAAACCUCCCAGCAAACCAACUCACUCACGUGCUCUACUCUUUUGCCAAUGUCCGACCCGAGACAGGCGAGGUGUACCUCAGCGACACUUGGUCUGACACAGACAAGCACUACGACACCGAUUCGUGGAACGAUGUGGGAACUAACGUCUAUGGUUGUGUGAAACAAUUGUUCCUCCUCAAAAAGGCCAACCGCAAGCUUAAGGUGCUGCUGUCCAUAGGUGGAUGGACCUACUCAUCCAACUUCGCACAGCCUGCCAGCACUGCCGCAGGCAGAAGUAAGUUCGCGAGCAGUGCCGUGCAGCUCGUCAAAGACCUCGGCUUCGACGGUCUCGACAUUGACUGGGAGUACCCCUCUGAUGCCACACAAGCUGCCAACAUGGUCGCUCUCCUCGCUGAGGUCCGUUCGCAACUCAACGCCUACGCUACCCAGUACGCCAACGGCGCGCACAUGCUUCUCACUGUUGCUUCACCCGCCGGCCCGGCCAACUAUCAGAAGAUGGACCUCGCGGGCAUGGACAAGUACCUUGACUUCUGGAACUUGAUGGCUUACGACUACGCCGGCUCUUGGGAUACUACUUCCGGCCACCAGGCUAACUUCUACCCUUCAACAAGCAACCCUACCAGCACACCCUUCAACACCAAGCAAGCUAUCGACUACUACACCUCUCACGGUGUUGCCGCAUCCAAGAUCACGCUCGGCAUGCCGUUGUAUGGUCGUGCAUUCCAGAACACCGAUGGCCCCGGCAAGCCCUACUCUGGUAUCGGCCCCGGCACCUGGGAGGCUGGUGUGUACGAUUACAAGGCACUUCCGCAGGCCGGCGCCUCCGUCGUCAAUGAUGCCAGCCUGGUAGCCAGCUACAGUUACGACUCUUCUUCGCGGACGAUGAUCUCGUACGAUACACCGGCGAUCAUCCAGCAGAAGACUGGUCUCAUCAAGUCUCUGGGUCUCGGCGGUGGUAUGUGGUGGGAGAGCAGCUCGGACAAAACGGGCUCCGAUUCAUUGAUCUCGACUUACGUCAACUCCGUCGGCGGUGUCAGCGCCCUCGAUCAGAGCGCCAACGUCCUCACCUACUCGGGCUCCAAGUACGAUAACCUCCGGUCCGGCUUUCCCAAC